AUUGAAACCAACCUUAAGCUUUUCUUAUCUCCGCCCUAAAGGUAGCCCCGAUUAUUGCUGACUUAAGCAUCGGAGUGUCUACCCCGAGUUCCACCUCGGGGCUUUGCAGUGUUGAUGACUUAGGGAAUGGUAUGGAAUCAUCUUAUUGUGAAUGGUUUUAUGAAUACUUAUUCUAUUUGCUGGGUGCAUGGUGAAAUGUUUGUGAAUUUAGAUCCAGGGUUUGUUGCUAAUUUGGGUGAAUCAUCGCAUAGCCAAGAUGCACACCAUGAUGAAAGGAACAAUUUCUGUGGGCUGAUAUUUGCUUGCGCACCCCCUGCUGCCGACGCCCUUGCUUGCUCCGCACGCGAGCCUUACUCUGCACUAGAUCCCCUCACCCCCUUCACAUCGGCAAUCAUACCCCCUGCACACCAACAAUCAUGCCUUCGCAUGCCCGGCCUUGCUCUACCCUACCCCUUGCCACGCCUACGCCCCUACCCUUGUUGCUUGUGCCCUUACUAUUGCACCGAGCCUGUGCCUCCUGCACUCUACGCCCAAUCCCACGCCCUUGCCUCCUGCAUGCUAUAGCCAUAUAGAAAAAAAACAGCACACAACAGACAAAAUCGACAUCAUUAGUGAAUGACAGAGCAAGGCUUUUUCAUUUUUAUUUUAUUUUGUUGUUUGGGUAAAUAUAUAGAGCAAAAAGCAAAGGUCUAGGGGGAUUUGGCUGGUUGAUUUUCGGGUUCUUUUUUUAGAGCUUAAGGGGGGGGUUUCUUUGGUUUUUGAGUUUUGGCGUUUGACGGAAGAGAGAUGAUAAAAAAAAAAAAGAGAAAGAGAGAGAAGUUCGAAAAAAAAAAAGGGGAGAUCUAGUUUUGGGAGGGAGAAGAAGAACUAAAAAAUUGAGAGGAACAGAUCUGGGGUUCUUCCAGGGGGUUCUUUUGUCUGAGUUUGGGUAUUGACGGAGGUGGCAGCAAGAGGAAGAGGAUCGCUGAACUUCCAAAGCUCAUCGAAGGAGAUUAAACAUUUUUUGGGUAUUUACCUUAGGUAUUUUCCUGCAACAAAGGAGGCUUUUUGGGGAGGCAAUGAGGGGAAUGAUUUGGGCUUGACCUCAUGGGUGGGAUCCCCCAGAUCGAACUCUGAUUUGUUACUCAGAAAGCUCUGCCGUGUUUGUUUAUUUUGUCUUCAUGUUUCUGUGAUAUGCUUUUAUGAUGUUUACGUUUGUAUGUGUUUAUUGAAAAUCAAUGAAAGAUCAAAAAAAAAAAAAAAAUCGUUCAAUUUGUUUUGUGUGAUGGUUGUGUUGCCUUUCCUUUCUGUUAAUGAAUGUUAAUUUUAUUU